AUGAAGGAAACUUGUGAAAGGUUCAAGAUUGCUCAUCGAAAUUCCACGAUUUACCGGCCACAGAUGAAUGGAGCAGUUGAGGUUGCAAAUAAGAAUAUCAAGAAGAUCCUAAGAAAAAUAGUGGACAGUCAUAGGCAAUGGCAUGAAAAGUUACCAUAUGCUUUACUUGGUUAUCGCACCACAAUCAGAACAUCAACUGGGGCAACUCCUUAUAUGUUGGUUUAUGGUUCAGAAGCAGUAAUACUUGCUGAGGUGGAAAUACCAUCUUUAAGGAUUAUCCAAGAGGUUGGUCUGGACGAUGCAGAAUGGAUACGUAGUAGGCAUGAACAAUUGAUGCUCAUCGAUGAAAAGAGGAUGGACGCGGUUUGUCAUGGCCAACUCUAUCAAAACAGAAUGACCAAAGCGUUCAACAAGAAAGUCAAACCUCGACAGUUCACACCGGGGCAACUGGUACGCUCAAGAUCUAGAUCAAAUACUGAAGAAAAGAGGGCCCUCGUAGGAAAAUAG